AUGGCGGCCCGUCCGCUCGUCACCGUUUACAAUGAAAAGUACGAGGCUACGGAAACUCAAAUCAAGCUUCCGUACGUAUUCCGUGCUCCUAUUAGACCGGACGUAGUUAGCUUUAUUCAUGACCAAAUGUUCCGCAACAAGCGCCAAGCCCACGCUGUUUCGACGCUCGCCGGAAAGCAGCACUCCGCCGAGUCAUGGGGAACAGGACGCGCUGUUGCUCGUAUUCCUCGUGUACGUGGUGGUGGUACCCACCGCUCUGGACAAGGAGCUUUCGGUAACAUGUGCCGCGGAGGACACAUGUUCGCUCCACUGAAGGUGUUCCGAAGAUGGCACCGUCACGUUAAUAUCGCUCAGAAGCGUUACGCCAUUUGCUCGGCUAUCGCCGCAUCAGGAAUUCCCGCUCUUGUACAGGCCCGUGGUCACAUCAUCGACAAAGUUGCAGAGGUUCCAUUUGUUGUCAGCGAUAAGAUCGAGUCGUUCCGUAAGACCAAGGAAGCUGUAACCUUCCUUCGACGCUCGCACAUCUGGGAAGAUAUUGAGAAGGUUUACGCUUCGAAACGUACACGUGCUGGAACCGGUAAGAUGAGAAACAAGCUGCACAAGAGAAAGCUGGGCCCAGUUCUUAUUUACGGGCAAGAUGCUGACUGCGCUCGUGCUUUCAGAAAUAUCCCCGGAGUAGACAUUUUGAAUGUAGAGCGUCUCAACCUUCUCAAACUUGCUCCUGGAGGACAUCUUGGCCGCCUCAUUAUCUGGACCGAAUCUGCUUUCAAAAAGCUUGACGCGAUCUAUGGAACCCUCAAGGCUAACUCUUCGGAACAGAAAAAUGGUUGGUCUGUUCCUCUCAACAAGCUCACCAACGCCGAUCUGUCCAGGCUGAUUCGCUCCGAAGAAAUUGUCCGCGCUGUCAGGCCUGUUAAGAAGAACGUGAAGUCGGCAAAGGUGCACAGGAAUCCACUCAAGAAGCACAAUUUGAUGAACAAGUUAAACCCAUAUGCUGCUACAUUCCGCAAGGCAGCAAAGAAGACUGCGGCCAAGAAGUAA